AUGCUGGCGUACAAAGUAAAAAAGAACAAUGCGAAUGCUUUGAUGAAUGAAGCUCGACGCAAAUUCUAUCAUAACUUCAUCCAGGAUAAUACCAACAGUCAGUGCCACCUACUUUUAGCGAUGAAGAAGCUACUCAACCAGGGGGAUAACAGGGCGGUGUAUCCACCCAUGGACGAUAAUAGUAACUUGCCAAAAAAACUGGGAACUUUCUUUUUUCAGAAAAUUGAGACCAUCGGUUCCAAUCUCGAUAACAUGGCGCAAGGGCUACCAGCACUCCCCGAUGAUUACGCCCCAGUAUCACCUCCCCCCUUAGCAAAUUUAUCCCCAUUACGGAAGAGAAGGUUCGCAAGGUCAUCAACAGCAGUACAAAUAAAAGCUGCACUCUUGACCCUAUGCCAACAUCUCCAGUGAUAGAUUGCAUUGAUGUGCUUUUACCGAUCAUAACAAAAAUGAUCCAUAUAUCACUCGAGUUUGGGCUAUUCACUGAUGACUGGAAGUGUGCGCUUGUCCUCCCACUGCUGAAGAAGUCUGGGCUAGACCUUCUAUACAAAAACUACAGACCUGUCAGCGACCUGUCAGCGACCUGCAGUAUGUUUCAAAGCUGACUGAAAGGAUGGUGUUUGAGCAAAUACACACCCAUAUGAUGACUCAUUCACUAUAUCCUGAGUUUCAGUCUGCAUAUCAUAAAAAUCUUAGCACGGAAACGGCUCUUGCUAGAGUCAUGAACAAUAUUCUCAUGAAAAUGAACUCUCAAGAAGUCACCUUGCUGGCCAUACUCGAUCUUAGCCCUGCUUUCGUUACGGUUAAUCAUAACAUCCUCCUUACUGGCUGACUCCUUCUUAAUGGUGACAAGACUGAGUUUAUUAUUAUUGGAACUCACCAGCAGCUUAACAAAUUGCAGGAUAUGAAUAUUAAAGUAGGCGGUUCAGAGAGAAAACCUAUAUAGCUACCAAGUUAAGAACCUCGGAAGCUGGCUUGAUCCAAACCUGAAUAUGCACCACCAUAUCACUAAGGUAUGUACCACCAUAUCACUAAUGUAUGUACGGCAGGUUUCUUCUACUUGCACAAUAUUAGACGUAUUAAGAAGUAUUUAUUGAGAGACAGCUUACUCACCCUGGUACACACAUACAUCACGAGCAGGUUAGACUACUGUAACUGCCCAAAGAGCAAAUAGCCAAGUUACAACACGUGCAAAAUGCUGCUGCUAGAUUAAUUAUGGAUACUGGGAAAUAUUCUCACAUCACUCCAGCACUCUAUGAGUUACACUGGUUACCUGUGCCAGCGUGUAUACAUUUUAAGAUUCUAUUAUUAGCUUUUAAAGCCAUUCACAGCCUCGCACCCACAUAUAUUAGCAAUCUUUUGGUCAUCAAACGUAAGUCCUCGUAAAUCUUAGAUCUAACUCAGGUAUUUUAUUAGAGCCACCGAGAGGCAAAAUGCUGGCAAUGCUGGGUGAAUGUGCAUUUCAGGCAGCUGCACCGCAUCUAUGGAAUGAGCUACCAUUACAAUUAUGCAAUAUUGGAUUUGUAGAAAUUUUUAAGAAUUCAAUUAAGACUUCUUUUCAGGCAAUUCUUGAAUAGUGGUUAAGUUAUGAAUUAUAAAUAGCCAAGUUAAUUGUAAUAUGUAACUAUUUUUUCAAUUAGUUGAGAUUUUAAUAUUUAGAGGCACUAAUUGUAAAGUGCUAUUGAUCUGUCAUUGUAAAUAGUGCUCUAUAAGAAAUAAAUUAUUAUUAAUUAUUAUUAUUAUUAUUGCUUUAACUAAGUUAAAUAAACAUUAUUCUUAUUAUUUUGCUUGCACGUGUGUCAAAUUGUGCAUAGCUUCUGGUGGCCUAAGCAUCUGAAUGGAAGACAAAGUUAAGAAGUAACUCCAAAAGUGAUUUUACAUGUUUAUUUAACAUAGACCAGUUUAUAUUGGGCAAAAAAGCUGAUGUGGCGGAGGAUCUAGUCCUGCAAAUGUUCAACAUGGCAGAAAGAAUAUCAGCACAGCUCACUCAAAAAUGUUGACUACAACUGCAACAAUUGGAGGGCAUUGGGAGAAAGAAGGUUACAGAGGUGAGAACAGUUAUUGCCAGUUUUUAUGAAGUGCCAGGACCACAAGUUCAUCUUCCAUAGCACAAGAGAAAUGGAAGAGGAAAUUGACACAAAUGUCUAUGUGGAGUUAGGAGGAAGCAGCGGCCAAAGUUAAAGGCAAGAGAGGAGGGGAAGACUGUUUUCUUUUAGUAAGCCUGAACCAGACAAGUUAUCCAGUGACAGCAAGGCAUUUGACUGUUUCAUUUAACUGUUUAUUGAAAGAGCUGUUUGAUGUGGGUAUAAGAGGUAAACUGCUUUCCUGGUUUAGAUCAUAUUUAACAUGUAGACACCACAGAACAGUCAUUGGUGGUUGUGAAUCGUCAUUGUUACCAAUAUCAUCAGGAGUGCCUCAGGGGUCCAAUUUAGGACCACUUUUGCUUAUAAUUUAUAUGAAUACAGCUCCUAAAGCUAUACACUCGAGCACCACUGUAAAACUGUAUGCUGAUGACAUGAAAAGCUUCAGAAUCAUAGAUAACAUUAAUGAUGUUCAACAACUACAAAGUGACCUGUCAAAUCUAAACAAUUGGUCGGCUGAUCACUUCAUGGAGUUUAAUUCAAAGAAAUGUAAAUAUCUUACAAUCAGAAGGAAAAAUAAUAUUGUCAAUUCAACCUAUACGCUCAAUGGCUCAUAGAUUCUGUCAGACCUUGGUGUGCAUGUUUCUACCAAGUUAUCUUGUAAUAAUCACAUUGACAUCCUCAUCAGUAAAGCCAACAAGAUGCUGGGCAUAAUCAAAACAACUUGUACCAAUGAAUGUGAUCAGAAAACAUUGAUAAUUUUAUACAAAUCACUUAUUUGAUCACAGCUGGAGUGUGCCUCACAGGUCUGAUCACCUUACAGUAAAGAAAAGAUCACUGCACUUAAGCGCGUACAAGGACGUGCAACUAAAUUUAUCCUGAAAACUGACUUAAGUUAUCCAGAGAGACUUGUCAAACUGAAACUUUUUUCCUUUAAGUGCCUAAAAGGUUACAUUGAUUUCAAUGUUUUGUCAUAUGUAAAUUUUAAGACACCCAAAUAUGACAUCAGAAAUAAUGAAGCUACAGUGGUGAAAGGCCUUUUUAAAACUGAUGUUUUUAAGUUUUCUUUCUUAAAUCGUAUUGUAGACCUGUGGAAUUGCCAACCACUAGAUACCAGAACAAUUGAACAUUUCUCAUCAUUUAAGAACAGUAUCAAUAAAUUUUAUCUUAAUAAAUUUAACAUAAGGAUAGAUUUUUAUAAUUGAUUAACAAUAUUUUGUCAUGAUAUUUCAUACUAUUUGAGCAAACUUGUAUAUUUUAUAUAUAUAUAUAUAUAUAUAUAUGUUUUUUAAUAGAGACAGUUUAUUUUUAAAACGAAUCCUCUUAGUCUGUAUAAAGUGACCUAAUUAUUCAGAUCUUGUGAUUUUUUUCAUUUUUUCCUUUUUAUUUAUUUUAAUUGUUGAUUUAUCUACAAUUUCUAUAUUAAGACCUGUAUAAUUAAAGUUGAGUAAAUAGACAGUCAAUAUAUUCCAUUGUAAACUCAUAAUUUUAAAUGCUUACCUCAUGAUAUCUUAGAACCUCUUUGCUUUGUUUGUUAAAAUUUCUAAAUGGAGUAAGUGUAUGAUAUGCAUCUGGCAUAAACAAGCACAACUCAUUAGAGUUCAUUAGAGGUCCGUAGUUCCAAAUUCCCUUGCAGCAAGAGGUAUUCUUAUAAUCAAAAUUAUUGGCUGCCUUUUAAAUAUUACAAAUGCAUAUCUGUAUAUUUCUACUGGUCUUAAGAGCUAAUGUCAACAUGCAUCAGACAAACAGCGGCAAGUCACCCAAAUUCGUUUUCUCUCUACUUUCAUAUUUUGUAGCCCGAUAUGUCCAAAUAAUUGUGGUGUAGUUUUUUUGUGAAAAUGUAUUUUAGCUUUUGAGAAAUUAGUUUUUUCGUUCGACCACUCAAAUAUGCAAAUUUUCACCCUGAAUAUUACCCGAGUUGUGUGACCUCAUGUAACGAAUUUACUUGACCUCCGGUAUUUCUGUCGACAUAAUCCUUUGUUUUAUCAUCUAAACUUAAUCCCCUGUCAUUAUUGAAGCUGGCAAAGAAAUAUUUUUUUUUGGUGAAUAUUUUUGUUCGACAUACUUUUUCUAUGUCGAAAAGUAGCAUCAAAACAAAGACAGUUUUAACAAUGACCGAUAUGACAGAAUCUACUGAGCUUCUAGCUUUUAAAAGACAAAAGGAUGAUUAUUAAGUUACUGUAAAAAUUUCCUUGUGUAUUUGUGUCGUUAUAUCGUGAGACGAACUCAAAGUCCGGCAAAAUUUACUUGCUAGCGACUAUGAAGUAUACAUGGUGUGUCUACUUGUCGCCACCGUUUACUCGCAUAAAUCACUAUAGUUUGUAAAGAAAUCUAACAUAACCUCUUACCUUAUUUAUUUAUGAUUUUAUUAGCUGUUUCGGUGAUCAAGUUAUGCUCUACCAUAUUUUAGCCAGAUUUAAUUUACAGUUUGUAAAUCUUCUCCACAUUAUUAUAUUAGUUGCAUGACAAACGUGACACAUAAAUUCAAAGAUGACUCAACCUCCGAAUUACGAAGAGAUGGGUUUUUUUCCUCUCUUUUCAUAUCUAUAAAAACCUUCCAAGAAUUGCUGUAUUCAGAAAACUAAAACGUCCAGAUCCAUCAAUAAUUCCUUUGCCGGCGGAAGUCAAAGAAUGUUUACAAAAGUCAAUUCGAUUGACAAGCUACACACCGUUUAACCAAUUGAUCUGUUGUAUAAGCGUCUCAUCUUACAUGCUAACAAGGGGAUUUGCUGUUCAUUUAAGCCGUUUGCUUGUAGGACUUCAUCCUCUCUCAGUUUGUUUCUGAGAAGUUCUAGGCAUUUGUCUCAUCUAACAGUAUUCGCUAUAAUGCAUCAUAACCACGUUGUCUAGCUACAAAUGGUCUUGUUGAGAGGUCAGUACAAACCUUUAAGUGUCAUGUGCAGCAAAGUUCAAAACUGCUGAUGAAAAAGUUGGUGAUGUUCCUCGCAGCCUAUAGAAACAAUUACUCCUGCUACCCACUUGCUUAGAUUUGGUGAAACCCUACUUAAAUCCCAGGAUGGUUAACUGCCAGUGCCAAUCCAACUGAGUGCACUACAAAUUUUAGCAAUGCCCAUGGCAGAUCCACUGCAGAUGGCUUCUGUUCCCAUACCUGCAGCUGUCAAUCCUCCUGAAAUGAUUCUAGUCAGUCUGUGUUGGAAACUGUAGACAGCAUAGGUCUCAACAAUUCCUUUGUUUUGUCACACUUAAAAUACUGCAGUCCCUUUUUAUUGGGUGUGGGCAAAGUGCAAGUAAGUUGUCUUGAGGACACAAACUUUUAUAUUUCGAGAUCUGUUUUAGGUUACAGUAAAACUCGCAUAUCUAGUAUUGCUUGAUAUUGUGAACAUGAAAACUCUGAAACAUUGGAGGAUUUGCAGUUCUCUUUUGUUACUUUAUAAAUCUUUACUCUGCAACAGAACUAGGUACAUUUGUGACUUUUUUAGUUUUAAAGACUUAACUUGUAACUUAAGAGGUAGUGCUGUUAAUCUUAAGAGGUAGUGGUAUUAAUAUUAGCAUGCCAAGGUUUAAUCUUACCUGGAUGAAGAACUCUUUCACUUACCAAGUCAUUAAAAUCUGGAACUCACUUGAGCUCAAUGUAAAGAAAGGAAACCUAUCCAAGUUUGCGACAUUGAUUGAGAAUAAAUCAUUUUAAUUCCAUUUUUUUAAAAUCUUGUCUAAUAGGAUCAGCUUUUAUCUAUUCCAUUCUUAUUUAAAUUAAUUUUUAAUCUGAUUUAUGCCUAAUAUAGUGACAUUCACAGUUGCACAUGUCAGCUUUUUAUGAUAAACCUUGUCGUUUUAAAUAUAUAUUUUUAAUUCUGUACGUUUUAAGGCUAUUUAAAGAUAGCACAUAUGUAUUUUAAAAGAGCUUUCCAGCUCAUUAGACGCUACACGAGCCAUGCAUUUCAGGAAAUGUGAUUACAUUUACCUUUGAUUAUUUUGAUGAGUAAAGCUGUGCUGCAGGUUGUGGAAUGACUACACAAACAUUUUUGCAACAACAUAUCAAUGUUACUGUAUAAAACAAAUGGUAACCACCACAGCAUACACUAUUGAGUUAUGGAUGCAUGCAGGAGGUUUGCUAAGAACUCCAGAACCUUGAGUCACUCUCUUCUAUCACCUCAAGCAACUCUAAUGCUUCUUUUGUGCUCAGCAACCAAAGCCCAAGAAGGGAAAUGCUAGAAAAGAAAUCAAGGAAGUCAAUAACUCAAAAAGAAAUUCUUAACACUGGUUGCAAAGUGACUCUGAUGCAGAAUGCAAGGAGUAAAUAAGGACUAAACAGCAAGGGGAUAAACAAAGACGUUCAUUUUUAAACACUCUGAGAGUCUAAGAGAAAAUAAGAUAAGAUAUUUUCCUGUUAAAUAUUCAUUUAACAGAUUUAAAUUUCUAGUCAGAUAGUGCAAAUGUGCUUUUUUGGAUUCAUGGUAGAGGAGGAUGGUUCCAUCCAUUUGUGGCAAAUAAACUGGAGAAAAACAAACCUUAA